AUGGACGCUCUAGUGGCCAAGUAUCGCCGUCCUGCGGCUAUGAUGCAUGAGCGGUUCGGCGACGAGGAGGAGAAUGAUCUUAUGGGAUCUGAAAGCCCUGGGCUGUCCCUCAAGUUCGCUAUGCCUCCUGUCACUCACCCUUCGGCCUGGCUCCGCUCCGCGACAGACGACCGAUCGAACCCCCAAUGCCCCAUCAAGAUUGCUCACGGUACCACCACCCUCGCCUUCCGUUUCCAGGGCGGCAUCAUCGUAGCCACAGAUUCGCGUGCCACGGCGGGCAACUGGAUCGCGUCCCAGACGGUCAAGAAGGUCAUCGAGAUCAACUCGGUCCUUCUCGGAACCAUGGCCGGUGGUGCUGCCGACUGCCAGUACUGGCUGGCUUGGCUCGGUAUGCAGUGCCGUCUGCACGAGCUCCGACACAAGCGCCGUAUUUCGGUCGCUGCCGCAUCCAAGAUCCUCGCCAACCUCGUCUACUCAUACAAGGGUAUGGGUCUCAGCAUGGGCACCAUGUGUGCCGGUGUCACCAAGGAGGAGGGCCCCGCGCUCUACUACGUGGACAGCGACGGUACCAGGCUGGCGGGUAACCUCUUCUGUGUCGGUUCCGGUCAGACUUUUGCCUACGGUGUGCUCGACGCCGAGUACCGGUACGACCUGACGGAUGAGGAAGCGCUGGAGCUCGGCAGCAGGAGUAUCCUCGCUGCGACACACAGGGAUGCCUACUCUGGUGGCUUCAUCAACCUCUAUCACGUUAAGGAGGCGGGCUGGGAGAAGCACGGUUUCAACGACACGAACCCCAUCUUCUGGAAAACCAAGCUGGAGAAGGGCGAGUUCACCAAUGUCACGAGCAAUUUUGACUAA